AUGCUGUGCUGGAAGGUGAUGAUUGUCACUGUCCUCUGCUAUAGAGUCUACACCUACACAGCUCAGCAUAGGAGAAAAGCUCUGUAUCCAGCAGCUCACAGCAUGAGGAGAGGCAUAAUUAACCCCACCUUUCACAACUCUGUUGAAGAUGGCAACCUGCUCUUUGAGAUCCUUCUGUCUGGUGUGUGGAUGGAGGGCAAGCACGGAGCUUUAGAGCAGGACGAGGAGCUGGCGUCACUGCGGCAGACGCGUACACUAGAAGCCAUCUGCAAGGACAUCCUGCCCAGGAAGCUCACAGACAUCCGACACCUGACCUAUGACCUCUCGCAUACGUAGUGUAUGGCGGAUUUUGAGCGAACAGUGCUGACCAUGGUGUACACCGCCCAUAGACUGGCGCACGCCAGGGGGUGGCAGAGAGAUGCAUGGGCAAAGUCAUUCCUUAGCCUGUACUGGGCAAUAAAGCAGGAUCUUACAGUACAGUGA